UUCUCUUCCUUCGAUCUUCUUCUUCUUCAAGCCGCCAUGGAAAAGCCCUCUUCUUCUAGCUUUGUAAUAAGCUUUUCCAUUGUUGCCAUCCUCACACUCGCCUCUUUCGCAUCAUGUUUGGCGGCUGAAUUCAACAGAACAAAAAAAGAGGACCUGAAAUUGAAUGGCAAGUUCUGCUUUCUGCCUGAAAGUGAAGCAUUCAAAUUGGGAAUUGGAGGUUUGGUUUGUUUGAUAAUGGCUCAGAUCAUCGGAAGUACCUUAAUCUACCAUAGCUAUUGGCCUAAAGAGCAUAGAAAAAGUUGCAGUGUCAAAAAACCUCUGCUUUCCAUUGCCCUACUCAUCUCUUGGGUUAGUUUCGUAAUUGCGGUGAUAAUGAUGAGUGGAGCAACCAGCAUGAGCAGGAGACAAGAGUAUGCGAGGGGAUGGGUGGAAGGAGAAUGCUAUUUGGUCAAAGACGGAAUCUUUGUCGGCGCCGCCCUUUUGGUUCUCAUUAACGGAGGCUCCACCAUCGGCUCCGCGGCCAUUGGGAGGAGGAGGAGGAACCAUGUUGUUAAAGCACCCAAUCAAAUACACGCUCAAAUUGGCUAACAAAAACAAAAUUACACGUCAUCAAUACAUUUUAUAUUUAUUUCAUUUAUGGAAUGAUGAAUAAUGAAAAAAAAAUGUCACACAUUCCCACUUAUACUUUUUCGUUUAUUUUUCUUCUUCUCCUAAUUUGUAUAGUGCCCCAACAAAAGAAAAUACUCAUACUUUACAAUCUUUCACCUCAAAAUUAGAAUCUAUCAUUAUUCAUAA